AUGGGUCUCUGCUUUGCUUCUCUCUCUCCCCACCAAACUCCCUCUGAAUCUCUUCACUAUUCUGGUUCAGGGCGAGAAGGCACUGGCGUUAAUGGAGGAAGCAGUAGCAGUGGCAGUAGCAAUAACGUUGUGUUUCCGAGUAUGGAAACGAGGAACCUGAAGCAGUUCAGUUUUGUGGAUCUGAAAGCAGCAACCAGGAGUUUCAGGUCUGAUGCAUUGCUUGGAGAAGGGGGUUUUGGGAAAGUUUACAAAGGAUGGCUGCACGAGAAGACUCUAACACCCACCAAAGCUGGAUCUGGAAUGGUGGUUGCUGUUAAGAAAUUGAAUUCCGAGAGUUUGCAGGGAUUUCGGGAGUGGCAGUCAGAAAUAAAUUUUUUAGGAAGGAUUUCUCACCCAAACCUGGUCAAGCUUUUGGGUUACUGUUGUGACGAUGUGGAAUUUCUGCUUGUGUACGAGUUCAUGCCAAGGGGAAGCUUGGAGAACCAUCUCUUUAGAAGAAAUUCUAGCACAGAACCAUUGUCUUGGGACACCCGACUCAAAAUAGCUAUUGGUGCAGCUCGAGGCUUGGCUUUCUUACACACCUCAGAAAAGAAAAUCAUAUACAGAGAUUUCAAAGCCUCCAAUAUACUACUUGAUGAGGAUUACAAUGCAAAAAUUUCAGAUUUUGGCUUGGCCAAAUUAGGCCCUUCUGGGGGAGAUUCACACGUGAGUACCAGGAUCAUGGGCACAUAUGGCUACGCUGCUCCAGAAUAUAUGGCAACAGGUCAUUUGUAUGUGAAGAGUGAUGUUUAUGGUUUUGGUGUAGUUCUGCUUGAAAUUCUGACAGGGUUGCGGGCAUUUGAUAGAAAGCGCCCCUUCGAGCAGCAGAAUCUAAUUGAAUGGGCUAAGCCUUCUCUCUCUGAUAAAAGAAUGUUGAAAAGCAUAAUGGAUGAGAGAAUGGAGGGUCAGUAUUCAACCAAUGCAGCAAUGAAAGCAGCACGUUUAACUCUAAAAUGCCUUGAAAGCGACCCUAAAAAACGUCCUCCCAUGAGAGAUGUUCUGGAGACAUUGGAACGGAUCGAAGUUAUCAAGGAUAGAAGGAAAUAA